CGCUGCCGCCACAUGGACCGGGCCGGCCCGAGCACGCCGCGCUGACGCCCGCAGGAAGAGAACUCGCGGCCACACUCGCAUGUGAAUUCUGACCCUCGCUGAGGCGCUGAGACCUUGGUCAUGGAGUUCGUGAUGAAGCAGGCCCUGGGAGGGGCCACCAAGGACAUGGGGAAGAUGCUUGGGGGUGACGAGGAGAAGGACCCCGAUGCUGCCAAGAAGGAGGAGGAGCGGCAGGAGGCGCUGAGGCAGGAGGAGGAGGAACGCAAGGCCAAGUAUGCCAAGAUGGAGGCCGAGCGAGAGGCCAUGCGCCAGGGCAUCCGUGACAAGUACGGCAUCAAGAAGAAGGAGGAGCGCGAGGCCGAGGCGCAGGCGGCUAUGGAGGCCAGCUCCGAGGGCAGCCUGACAAGGCCCAAGAAGGCCAUCCCGCCGGGGUGCGGGGACGAGCCGGAGGAGGAGGACGAGAGCAUCCUGGACACGGUCAUCAAGUACCUGCCCGGGCCGCUGCAGGACAUGUUCAAGAAGUAA